AUGCACAGGUCGUACCAGCCAUUAAAGCCCGUCACCAACCGCUACCUGCAGCAGCGAUGGGACCAGAACAACUUUGACAACCACCGCAGGAAGGUGACGUCUGCUUUGCCUGUAGUGGACAACAAGGGCACGAGGACGCCCACUCAUGUCCAACUCAAGCUCAAGAAGCUACAGCUGCAGGAUGAGCGUCUGUCCGUCAUCGACAGAGAUAACCGCCUCCUGGCCUCCAAACUGGCCAACAUUGUGUGCUCAAAAGGCCUGGUGGACCAUAAGAACCAUUACAGUAGAUGUGUUUUGAACUCUGACAAACGGAAGGAAGAGCUUUUACUGGUUGGGCGUCAGAAUCAGGCCAUCUACCAGCGAAUCAUGUCCAGACAAUCUGAAUAUCGUCACCAGCUCUGGUUGGAUGACUGGGAGAGGGCGGCACGGCGAAGGGAUGAUAUUUCCAGAUAUCCACCUAGAGUUAACAGUAAUCAGAGGUCUCACAGAAAAGUGAAGUUUGCUACUGUGGAGACGAGUGAACAGUCUGAGACCAACAGCAACAAGACUGACAAGAACAAGAGCAGCAGAGAAACCUGA